AUGACGAACGGACAUUCCAACACUCACACCAACGGCCACUCCACAACGCCUCUCACACCUGGUAAUCGCCUUCGACAACUGCUGGAGAAUAGCGAGGAUAUCAUUGUGGCUCCCGGAGCGUAUGAUGGCUUCAGCGCCAGGAUUGCCCUAGAGGUCGGAUUUGACUGCCUCUAUAUGACAGGAGCAGGUACCUGCGCUUCGAAGCUAGGACAGCCCGAUCUGGGUCUCGCAACCCUUAACGACAUGAGAGAGCACGCUGAAAUGAUUGCCAAUCUCAAUCCAUCCGUUCCUCUCAUUGCCGACGCCGACACGGGAUACGGUGGCCCCAACAACAUUGCAAGAACAGUGGAACAAUAUCAUCGGUCUGGCGUUGCGGCCUUGCACAUUGAGGACCAGAUUCAGACAAAACGCUGUGGCCACCUCGCAGGAAAGGAGGUCGUCAGCAUUGAUACCUUUGCGCAACGCAUUGCCGCCGCCGCACAGGCCCGAGAAAGAAUUGGCUCCGAUAUCGUCAUCAUUGCUCGGACCGAUAGUCUGCAGACACAUGAUUUCGAGGAGGCUACCCAGCGGCUGAAGGCUGCGAUCAGUGCAGGAGCGGACGUCGCAUUUCUUGAAGGUGUUACUUCAAAGGAGGAGGCUAGGACAAUAUGCCAGGUCCUCUCACCCACGCCGGUUCUUCUGAACAUGGUAGAAAACGGGGCCACGCCUUCGUGGACCGUAGAAGAGGCGCAGGAGCUUGGUUUUCGCAUCAUGAUUUUUCCAUUCGUCACGCUCGCACCUGCGUAUUAUGCGAUCCGCGGUGCCUUGGAAAGUGUCAAGAACACAGGGCGAACCGGAAUCCCUGCCGAUUUCACCCCAAAGAAGCUGUUUACUACCGUGGGUCUGGAACGAGCUACCGCAAUCGAUGCCGCAGCAGGCGGCAAGCUGUACAGCAGGGUAUAG